UUCGUAUGGCUUGAAAUGUCAAACAAAAUUUAGCAUCGUUUUUGGCUAGCGGUAGCGACGCGGUUUUCAUUGAAUUUCAGAAAUUAGUGCGGAGUAUUCGAACUACGACUAACAAUUCAAAGAAUAUAUAAUAGAUAUUAACCAAUUAAUCUGGAGAAUUUGCUGUGCUACAUUUCAAGUGCUAACCAAAUUGAAUUUGGACGUUCCAUCGAAAUCCAGCAUCAAAACAAUCACCUGGAAGAGCAAAACGAUGGAGAAUAACCGGAACGAUAAUACCGGUUCCGCAGGGAAUGCCGAUGAAAGUUUGACAACGGAAACUAUAUCCAAGCGGAUGAGCUUCGAUUAUAUGAAUGCGUCUUUCGAGAUCGGGCGCAAGAAGCGUAAACUGUACGAAAUGAGCGACAUUUCCAUAGACGGAAGCAACAUCAUCGCCGACGACAGAAACGCUAGCCAGGAGUCGUUAGCUGGAUCACAUUGCUCCAUGGCUGUCCAAAGUCCAUGGGAAACCCGACGCAUGAAAGCGGAUCUCAUAGAAGCACGGUCAAGGAUAACAAUGUUGAAGAAAGAAAUCGAACAUCAGAACACCGAAAUGGCGACGUCACAACUCAAAAGCCAGCACAAGAUUUCUUCGUUGGAAAAAGAAUUGUCCCAUAAUGUCAAAAAGGUGUCUGAUCUCGAAAAGCAUCUUUCAUCUGUGCGCAAACGUGAACAAUCAGCAAAAGAAGAAUUGGUCAAGACCAAAAAUCAAUUCAACAUCCUCAAGCAAUCCAGUGACGAUCAAUUGUACGAACUCCGGAGGGCUCUAAAGGAUUUGGAACAGAAAUACAACUUCGAAACCGGUGAGCUUCAAUCUGAAGUUCGUGAUUUGAAUCACCAAAUGCUGGAUAUUGAAGAUCAGCUCUCGAUCGUACAGGAUGAGCUUGAAACGUACAAAGAGUUGAAUGAAACGCUCCAGUCGAAAGCCAAUUCUUUUGAUGCCAUCAAAAAGGAGUUGGAUGAUGCUAAGGAAAAAAUUUCAGAAGCAGAAUCUAAGAUAAAAUCUUUGGAGUAUGAAAUCGGAAGCUAUGAGGACUGGAAAAAUUUGUCAAAGCUUAGCACUUCACGUUUGGCGAACUAUGCUGAACUCGAAAAGGAUAAUAUUCGUUUGAAGGAGGAAUUUAAAAACUUACACGGAAUAAUUGGAAACAAAAUGUUGCUUGAAGAGCAGGUGUCCAGUUUGAAUAGUCGGUUGGAAAAUUUCGAAAAAAGUGAGGUCGACACUGCUUCUCUUCUCGUAAAAGUUAAGGACAUGGAAAAAGAAAUGGCAGACUGGCGAAAGUUAGCAGUUGACUUUUGCUCGAAGGAAUCCGCCUGUACGCCAGUCGUUCUACGGUCUCAUAUUGAUCAGAUUCUGCAAAAUGACGUUAUUUUGACAAGUGAGAAAACCUCUGUUAAAAAUGAAAAGCAUCAAAUUCAAGCAAACAUUGAUAAGGUCAGGGUAGAGAAUGAACAACUAGAGAAGCAAUUGGAGGACUAUAAGCGUUCAUUGAAACACCAUCAAGCAAUACUACAUCGAGUGCAGAAGAAACUCCAUUUGGUGGUUGGAGAGAGGGAUUGCUGGAAGCAACUGCUUGAUAGUUAUGAAAAGGAUUUGACGAUAAAUCCAACUAAUGUGAGCAAUCAGGAGGCCCAAAUGCGCACAAGAAUUGAAAUGUUGGAAAAACAGUUGAAUGGGUACAAAGAAUUGAACGCCAAACUUGAAGGAGAACUACAAUCAGUCAAAUCGAUGCCCGAUAUGAGCAUGGAUUCAGCUCUAACAAGUGAGCAGUAUGAAAAGCUGCGUCGUGAAAUCGACUCCCUCCGGAUGGAGAACGAGCGAUUGAAGAAGCGAAAGGAAGAUCUGGAACUGGAGCUGGAAAAUGUCACCCUUCGUGCUGAGAUCAAUCGCGACCGUUUCAAAGUGGUUCAGUUCACGGAUAGUCCAGCUAAUGAGGCUUAUGAAGCUCACCGCAACGAGAUCGAGAAGCUCCAAGCUGAAAUUGAACGGCUGAAGAUACGGAACCGACGGCUCGAAGAAGGCAACGAAGAGCUGACAAUGAGACUUAACGACAGCAACAUGACGAUGAACGUUAUGGAGUUCAACAAUUUAAAAGCACAAGUCCAAUCGCUGGAGGCUAAAAAUCAGCACAUCAAAGAGAUAUACAAAUCGGCAAGCAAUGAGUUCCGUGAGGUCUGCUAUAUGCUAUUUGGUUAUCGGGUCGAUCGGGUUGGAAACACAAACUAUCGGAUCUCGAGCAUGUACGCCGAGAGCGAGGAAGAGUACCUCAAUUUCUGUUUGAACGAGUCCGGAACGGUACUCAACAUGCUGGAAUCGGCCUAUAGCGAAUCGAUCUCGGACAUGGUGGCGAAUUGCCUUGGAACCCAUGGUUCGCUGCCGGCUUUCCUCAGUACGCUCACUCUGGAUCUAUUCAACCGAACAACGGUUAUGGUACAAGGUUGAGGAGCUUUGCACUAGGUUUAUGCUAUUGAUAUACAUUAAUGGAUUUUUUUUUCACUCCACGAUAUAAAUAUUUCAUCGCAUAUUAUAGAGUGAAAGUCACUACUAUAUCUACUGAGAAUUCCCUAAGUAGCGGCUGAUUCAAUAAGAAAGCUUAAAAUACGA